CCGGACCCCGCUGGCCCCCAGCGAGAUGAUCACGGCUCAGAGCGCGCUGCCAGAGAGGGAAGCGCAGGAGUCCAGCACCACCGACGAGGAUCUCGCAGGCCGGAGAGCGGCCAACGGGAGCAGCGAGAGGGGCGGCGCCGUCAGCACCCCUGACUAUGGGGAGAAGAAGCUGCCACAGGCGCUCAUCAUCGGAGUCAAGAAAGGAGGGACCCGCGCGCUGCUGGAGGCGAUCCGCGUACACCCGGACGUGCGGGCGGUGGGCGUAGAGCCGCACUUCUUCGACAGGAACUACGAAAAGGGGUUGGAGUGGUACAGAAAUGUGAUGCCCAAGACUUUGGAUGGGCAAAUAACCAUGGAGAAGACUCCAAGUUACUUUGUGACAAACGAGGCUCCCAAGCGCAUUCACUCCAUGGCCAAGGACAUCAAACUGAUUGUGGUGGUGAGAAACCCUGUGACCAGGGCCAUCUCUGACUACACGCAGACACUGUCAAAGAAACCCGAGAUCCCCACCUUUGAGGUGCUGGCCUUCAAAAACCGGACCCUCGGGCUGAUCGAUGCUUCCUGGAGUGCCAUUCGAAUAGGGAUCUAUGCUCUGCACCUGGAAAACUGGCUCCAGUAUUUCCCCCUCUCCCAGAUCCUCUUUGUCAGUGGUGAGCGGCUUAUUGUGGACCCCGCCGGGGAAAUGGCCAAAGUACAGGAUUUUCUAGGCCUCAAACGUGUUGUGACUGAGAAGCAUUUCUAUUUCAACAAAACCAAGGGGUUCCCUUGCCUAAAGAAGCCGGAAGACAGCAGUGCCCCGAGGUGCUUAGGCAAGAGCAAAGGUCGGACUCAUCCUCGCAUCGACCCAGAUGUCAUCCACAGACUGAGGAAAUUCUACAAACCCUUCAACAUGAUGUUUUACCAAAUGACUGGCCAAGAUUUUCAGUGGGAACAGGAAGAGGGUGAUAAAUGAGGCUAGAGAGGCAGAAGAAGGCUAGUCAAUAGCUAAGGAGGCUCCUUGCCUGAGUCCUUGAAUACCCCAGCUUCUGCAGCUUCACUUGCUGGAGUGCCAAGUAGAUCUCCUCCUCCUUCAUGCAGCCAGGAUUGCCUCCAGUGUUGUUAGCUUAGGCAAACAGGUGGAUCCCACGGCAUCCCCAUGGAGGAACCAGGCCCAUCUGGGCAGCAGCAUCUGGUUGACCAGAUGGCCACCAGAACCCACUGUUCAUUCUUAUCUUCUGCUAGUUAAUAUAGCCUGAAGACAGAGGAUAAAUAGCUGUCAAUGUCAGAGACAGUGCUAUUAAUGUAUAUGUGAGUGGCAAAAAGGGUCUGCUUUAUGGGGGUUCUCACUUUAGCUUGGGGAGCCAGGGUUCUAGCCCUGUAUCUGUCACGGGCACUCUGUCUACACCUCUGCUUGGGCUUCUCUCCAGAGUGCACUUUGUGGCUGAGUGCUCCAGGACUCCUAGGGAGCAAGGUCCUCCCUCUAAGGUGUUUGUAGUCUUCUCUUUAAAGGCCUCAUUCCACAACCCCUGACUUCCUCCCUCCCCACAUCAUGAAGGCAGAGGCAUGCACGUUCCUCAGCAAACACACACACAAACACACACACACACACACACACGCGAAGGAAAAUAAAAGCUGACACCCCUCAAAGCCUUCUUUCCAAGAGCCCUCUAAAUGGGGUUGGGUCUCGCUCUUCAUGAGUAUCCUGGGUUGUGGAGAAGCUUAGCGUAUGCUCUUGUGUUCAGAUCAGGGCCACAGGGCUGCUCUAAGAGUAAAGUAAUUAUAACUGAAGUCAGAGCUCUGAGGUUGGCAGAGAUGAGUGGCCAUAUCUGGGGGUAAAAGAAGAAAUCCUGUCUUCUUGGUGGGAGGUUGCCUUACCUGAAGCCCAUCUCUCCCAAGCACUAUGGUUCUGAGGCAUGUUUUUGGGGGUGAACUCUGUCCCCUAGGUCCCCAGAAGGGCAAAGACCAGAAAGUUGACAAGUCUGUUAUUAGGAGUAAUCCUUAGCCAUGUAAUGGGGAGAGGAGCAGUCAUCAUUCUUCCAAUUUGCCCCACCACCACCACCUCGGGCUUCAUUUUCUCUAUUUAGAGAUGGCAGAGAGUAGGGUAGUGGCAAGAAAGCUGACUCCAUUCAUCAGAUCCAGUUUAUGGGGGUUGGGGUGAGCAAGGACUGUCUGCAGACAUCCCCAUCAAGGGCUGCUGAAUGAAGUGUCCCUUCCCAUCAGUUUGAUUCAAUUAAAAUGCAUCAUUUGACAUAAAGCACUUGUUCACAGGUCUCCAAAACCGGGAAUUGUUCUAGUAAAACUGGAAAUUUAUAUGAGUGGGGGGAGUUAAAUCUGUUCAGCUGUUAUUAAACUGUCAUUUCUCCCGCUAAAUGAAAACUGUGUUAUUAUAAAGCUUAAUGCAACCUGA